AACUAAGAUAAUAAAUAUGUUACGUCUUGUAAGAAUAGAUGAAUUUGAAGAGGAAAAAAAUACCAAUAUUUUUUUUUUAAUUAUUUCUAUUGUUUCUGUAUAUUUAUUUUACCAUUAAUAAGGUGAAAAAAUGUUUUAAAAACUGAAAGUCUUUAAACAGAAGCUGAUGCAUACAGUCAUACUAGUGCAUCUCUUUGAUCAGUUCACCAACACCACAUAUCAACCUCGGUCUUCAUCUCUCUCCUCGAUCUCUUUCAAAUUACAGCAGCCACGCUUCGUCACUUUAGGUAAUGCCGGAGAACUUCCUUUGACCUCAUGUAAUAAUUUGUGUUGUAGGCACCAUUACAAGUAUUUCGACACCGUUUUUUAAGAUGAAUUCGUCUACUUACGGAAAAAAAAGCAUCCGAUUUUGUUUAUUUUGCGAAUAUUUGUGGUGGUGAAUGAUAAUAAUAUGAUAUUAGAAGUGUCUACUCGUCGGAACUGUUAAAAUGUUCGGAAACUUGGUGUGAUUGCAUAUUUUCUAUGCAGUAUGGUUAGAUUCUUCAAAAUUGAUGUCAAAGUACUAAGUAGUUCAAUUGGUAGUGAUAUUGGGGAAAAGGCAAUGGACACGAAUAUGCUGAUUGAUUAUUAAUGCAGUUAUGUUUAAUUAUAAUGCGGUCUUAAUCUGUAAUAUUGGUUCGCUUUUGAUGAGGUCUGAUUGCUUUCUGUAUAUUAUUAGCAUCUCAGGCAUGAAACGAGAGUGAUGAUAGAAUAUCUAGGGUGAUUUAUGGCUGAGAUGAGAGUAAUAAAAUUGAAGUGAUCUACAAGAAACCUGAAGACCUGUUCAGCAAUUCUGAUUAUGGUUGCUGCUAAAAGACUUUACCAAAGCAUGUGAUUCUAAUUCUUUCAAGACUAACGCCAUAUAUAUGAUGGCUACAACUGCAGUUAUCGGACUAACAGCAGGAAAAAGAAUCCUGUGUUCAUCAUCUUACUACUCUGAUGUGAAUGAAAAGCUAUCCUGCAGUAGCAAUCUGGGGUUCACAUAUGUCCCCACUACAAAUUUAAUCUCUUCAAAGAAGUCCCCCAACUAUACCCAUAGUAUUACACGCAGUCGAGAUACAUCUCCUGUGAGAGCUUUGAAGGAACAUGUAGAUACUACUGUAGCUCCUCCAAUUACAGACAAAUGGGUUCAGGGGUUUGAAUUUGAUCAUCUGGAUGAGGAAGUCUCUGAGCAUGAUCUCCCAGUUGAUGCCCUACUCUUAUUACACAAAUCUUUGCUGGAAAAACAGUGGACCCUUUCAACUGAUGCUCCAACAAAAGAUAAAAGCAGCAGAAAGGUACAUGUGACUGGUUCAGGGGUAUCUGCUCGAAGGCGUAGAAUAAAUGCUCAAAACAAAACACCAACUGUAAAUCAAGGUGGUGGAAGAAUUGGAAACAAACAGUUGAGAUCCAUAAUCAGUCCAGAACUUGUUCAAAACUGUCAGAAAGGGUAUCUUAAAGGUAUGAAGAAUGAAACCUUGCUCACUCACUCCGAGGUGGUUGCUCUAUCAGAGAAGAUCAAAAUCGGUCUACACUUAGAGGAAGAGAAGUCAAGACUGAAAGAACGAUUAGGAUCUGAACCUUCAGAGAAGCAACUAGCAGCUUCCCUAAAGAUAUCCCGAGUUGAGUUGCAAGCCAAACAGAUUGAGUGCAGUUUAGCAAGAGAGAAGCUGGCAUUGAGCAAUGUUGGUCUGGUGAUGUCUGUUGCAUUAAAAUAUAAACACAUGGGAGCCGAUAUGUCUGACCUAAUUCAGGGAGGUCUAAUUGGACUACUGAGAGGGAUAGAGAAGUAUGAUUCAUCACGAGGUCACAAGAUUUCUACAUAUGUCUAUUGGUGGAUUCGCCAGGGUGUGACGAGAACAUUCUUUGAGAAUUCAAGAACCCUAAGAUUGCCUACUCACUUGCAUGAAAGACUUAGUGCAAUCCGAAAUGCCAAAGCCAAAUUAGAGCGAAAGGGAAUCACCCCAUCAAUUGAUAAAAUUGCGGAGACACUGAAUAUGUCUAGAAAAAAAGUUACAAACGCCACUGAGGCAGUUUGUAAAGUGUUCUCACUCGAUAAAGAAGCUUUCCCUUCUUUAAACGGUCUUCCUGGAGAAACCCUUCACAGUUACAUAGCAGACGAUUGCCCUGAAAACGACCCGUGGCAUGGAGUAGAUGAAGGCGCUCUCAAGGAUGAAGUAAGAAAUCUAAUUAAAAUGACACUAGGGGAAAGGGAAAGAGAGAUUAUCCAUCUUUACUAUGGUUUGGACAACGAAUAUCUUACUUGGGAGGAUAUCAGUCGAAGGAAGGGAUUGUCGAGGGAAAGAGUGAGGCAGGUUGGCCUAGUUGCAUUGGAGAAAUUAAAACAUGCUGCAAGAAAUACGAAACUGGCUGCAAUGCUGGUCAACCAUUAAAUUUUUUUUUGAAAAAUCGUUGAAAGGAAACAUAGGUUUGUGGGUUCUUGGAAUAAAGAUUGAAAGAGAAUAUGUAAAAAUCUAUCUGUCUGAUAAAGCAUUGCGAAUGGAGGGAAGCAUCAACAGACGGAUAUAGGAAGAAGAAGAAGAGUGCGUGUUGUCGGAGGGAAGAAGCAGGAAGGAGGAAGAAGAGCCUAUAUGUCGUUUGAAGUGAAUCUAGAACUUUCACUCUUCUUCAGUAUCA